CAUGGACGCAACCUCAGCCCCGCUGCGGGCCUUGCAGGGCCUUUACGUCAAUCAGUUCUUGGAGUCCUGAAGUCAUUCCAUCAAUUCAUCCGACAGAGAGCUCCUCCUUGAUGCGUAUUGUGCCAUGGUGCUUCGCAAAUGUCUACCCAGUUUUGGAUCUCAAGGUACCUGCUACUCCUUUGCUACCCAACCCAGGAGUGGGAAUUUCCAUGACUGCUUGCAUUGCUGGAAUCGCAGCACAGUCCGUGGUGUUCACAGCGAGACGGUGCAAGACAAACCGACGCCGGCUGGCAGCUUCCAAGCUGCGACCUUUGAUUGGGGCUUCGGCGAUAUCUGGUGAGGCACAGAGAGAAAGCUCGUUGAUACCAAAGAAGUAUCUUUUGCUGGAGACUGACUUGGGGAACGUGGCAAUGCUCCUACGUCCCGACUCAGCUCCUUUGACGGUGGAGCAUGUUUGUCGUUUGGUGGAUGAAGGGCUGUACAAUGGCUGUUACUUUUAUCGUUCAGACUUUGUAUUGCAGUGGGGCCUUUGGCUGCCAAAUGAGACGGAGGUGAAGAAUCCUUAUCCAGACAUUGCAGCAAAUGAAACUGACAGCGGGACAUUCCUUUCCAAUCGACCUGGAACAGUUGCUAUUGCUCAUGGAAUUGGCGUCAAUGGUAACUCUGACAUUUUCAUCAAUCUGCAGGACAAUGACUACUUGGACACCAUGUCUUUGGGUUUUUGUGUCUUUGCAGAGCUUGACGCGAAGAGCCGUCGAGUUGUCAAGGAUCUGGCAGAAGCAGUUGUGAAUGGCCUGAAACCAGUCAUUUGGCAGGUCUGAUCCUCAGUUUCAUGGCUCAAUCGGAGAAUCGCAAGUGUUUUUGCUCCCUUUUUUGAGGCUUCUAUUGAGAGCCAACUCCAGAAGAAAGAGAAGCUUCUUGAAGCGCCAGUGUACUGGUGCUUUCUCCAUUUGUUUCCACUCGCAGUGUCCAUGCAGAGAAGCUACGACAGUUUCUGCAGCCAAUGGGAAGACUUUAAGUCUGUUUUGGUUGUGAAACCAAAGGAUGAGAACGGAUGAACUUCUCCAUCCAAUUUUAUUGGAGUCUCCUGUGUUUCUUGCUUACCUUGCCAAAGCUGCGAGGGAUUUUGAGUGAAUUUGCUAGGUUGCGGAAAACCAGGUAUGCCAAAGAUGCAGACCUCGAUUUCUUGAGACUCAAUGGCUAAUAGGUCGACAGAAAAAUCGAAUCAAGGCACUGCAUGUGACAGAUGUGGUUCAUUACCCAACAAGAUCCCUGAGCUUGUAGAAACAAGUGCC